AUGGCAAAUUCAUUACGUCGAAAUUCAUUUUCUGAAAUACCAUUAAUUACAUCUCAUUGUCGACGAUGUCAACUUGAUAUUGAAUCUGAUCCACAAUGUAAUGGACGUACAAGAAUAUUAUGUCCAUUUUGUGGAGAAUUUCUUAUUCGACCAAAUUUACCAAAUAUUCAACAAUUAAAACAAGAUAUUCAGAGACGAACAAGAGAUGAUAAUAUUAAUAAUGGUUUAAGUCUUCGUUCACGUUUUAGUCGAACAUUUAAUCGAAUAAUUUUACGAAGACAAAAUAUUAUUAAUAAUAAUGGAACAACAAUAAAUCAUAGACGAGAUAAAAACAUUACAAAUGUUAAACUACCAUCAAUUGAAAAUAAACAACAAACAAAUGAAAAAACAAGUAAAGAAAACCUGACUUCAUUGUCAUUACCAAUAAUAGCAACAACAGCACCUAUAUCAUCAAUUAAUAUUUAUGAUUGUGAAAGUUUCCAACGUUUGAUAAAUGACGAAAGUCCUGAUAAUGAUAAAAUAUUUGCUUUUUUCUCAAUGUUUUAUUCAAAUUUCGUUUAUAUGAUAGAAUCAUUAACAUUGAAUGAUAAUACAAAACAAAUAAAUUGGAAAUAUCUUGAAAUAAUUCAUGAAUAUAUUAUAAAAAAUACUGAUACAAUAUCUCGAUUAGUACUUAAAACAAUUGCAUCAUGUUGUAUACGAGAAGUUCGUUUUUGUUUUUCAAAUCAUAAUCAACAAUUUAGUUCAUCUGAAUACAUUUUCAAAGGUUAUACCAUUCUUAUACUGGCACCUGUUUUCGAUGAUUCAUCAAAUAAUCAUAUUUUUGCUCAUGUAUUACGUCGUAUUUCACAUUUUGUUGAUCAUGAACAUCAAGAAAUAGUUUCACUUUUACAAACAUUACCAGUUGAUAUGUUUCGAUCAACUGUUCAUCGUUUACAAACAUUUGUUGCUAUAAAUCUUUUUCCAUCACGUUUAAAUAAUUCAACAUCAACAUUUGUUAAUGGUUGGUGGAUUCCAUGUGCUAUUCGAACAUUAGCAUUAUUUAAUGUAGCUAAUGAACAAUUAAAUCGAAAUUUGAUGAAUUAUAAUGAAUUUAUUAUUGAUUUACUUGAUGAUAUUGAUAUUGAAUUUGAAUAUCAUCUUUGGUUAAAAAGAUCAACAGGGUUAAAUGGUCGUAUAAUACCUUUGGCCGAAAUGGCAAUAGAUUCAUUAAAUUAUAUUGAUGGAGAACGUGAUUAUGUUGAAUGGAAACAACGGAAAUCACGUGGAAUAAUUGGCGGUUUUACAUUUUGUCAAUAUCCAUUUGUAUUAAGUAUUAAUGCUAAACGUACUAUAUUAAAACGUGAUUCUGAACAACAAAUGAUUAUUAAUGCUCGUCGUAGUAUGAUACAAAAAUUUCAAAAUAAACAAACACCAAAUUUAAACAUGCUUUUUUUAAAUCUUUACAUUCGACGAUCACAUUUAGUUCUUGAUUCUCUUACUGAAGUUACAAAAAAACGUGAUGAUUUAAAGAAAAAAUUACGUGUAACAUUUGUUGGUGAACAUGGUCUUGAUAUGGGUGGUUUAACAAAAGAAUGGUUUCUUCUAUUACUUCGAGACAUAUUUUUACCUGAUUAUGGAAUGUUUGUAUUUUAUGAAUUAUCCGGUGUUUUUUGGUUUAAUGGUACAUCAACUGAUAAUAUUCGAGAAUAUAAUUUAGUUGGUAUAUUAAUGGGUCUAGCAGUUUAUAAUGCAAUUAUUCUUGAUAUACGUUUUCCAUUGGUUUGUUAUAAAAAAUUAUUAACACCUGCAUUUAUAACAGAACAUAUGACAAAUUUAUCAAAAACUAAAGUUGGAAUUAUUAAACCAACAUUAGCAGAUUUUCGAACAAUUCGACCUGAUAUUGCUAAUAGUCUUCAAUAUUUACUUGAUUAUGAUGGAAAUGUUGAAGAAGAUUUUGGUCUUACUUUUGAAGUUUCAGUGGCUCAAUAUGAUACAUCAAUAAUAUGUCCAUUGAAAGAAAAUGGAUCAAAAAUCAAUGUAACAAAUGAAAAUCGAAAUGAAUAUGUUGAAUUAUUAAUUGAUUUUUAUAUAAAUAAACAUAUAUCAAAACAAUUUGAAGCAUUUUAUUAUGGUUUUCAUAGUGUUUGUUCAUCAAAUGCAUUACUUUUACUUGUACCAGAAGAACUUGAAAUGUUAAUAUGUGGAAUGGAACAAUGUAAUUUAAGUAGUUUAGCUAAAAUAACUAAAUAUGAAAAUUGUGAUCCAAAUGAAGAUUUUAUCAAAUGGUUUUGGCAAGUUGUUGAAGAAAUGUCAUCAGAUAAACAAAGACGUCUAUUAUUAUUUGUUACUGGUAGUGAUCGUAUGCCAAUUGGAGGUUUAAGUGAAAUGACAUUUAAAAUUGCAAAAAUAUCGUCAAAUAAAUGUAACAUUAAUGAUUUGUUACCCAUGUCACAUACAUGUUUCAAUCAAUUACUUUUACCGCCUUAUUCAACUUGUGAAAUUCUUAAAGAAAAAUUAUUUUUGGCUAUUGAAAAUUGUGAAGGUUUUGGAAUUGAAUAA